UUCUGAAACUUGCAGGCCCACAAUUGGUCCAGAUGUUCAUAGGAGACGGAGCAAAGCUCGUACGUGAUGCCUUUCAGCUUGCAAAAGAGAAAUCUCCCUGCAUCAUUUUUAUAGACGAAAUUGAUGCAAUUGGAACAAAGCGAUUUGAUAGUGAAGUGAGUGGAGAUAGGGAAGUGCAGCGUACUAUGUUAGAAUUGCUGAAUCAACUAGAUGGCUUCAGUAGUGAUGACCGCAUCAAGGUCAUAGCUGCAACAAAUCGUGCUGACAUUUUGGAUCCUGCUCUCAUGCGUUCUGGUCGUUUGGAUCGUAAAAUUGAGUUUCCACAUCCUAGUGAAGAAGCAAGGGCUAGAAUCUUGCAGAUCCACUCGCGGAAAAUGAAUGUUCAUCCCGAUGUCAAUUUUGAAGAACUGGCUCGAUCCACUGAUGACUUUAAUGGUGCCCAGCUAAAAGCUGUUUGUGUGGAGGCAGGCAUGCUAGCCCUUCGCCGCGACGCAACUGAAGUGAACCAUGAAGACUUUAACGAAGGCAUCAUUCAAGUUCAGGCCAAGAAGAAGGCAAGCUUAAACUACUAUGCAUAAGGAGGAUCGAGUAUGAAGGUCAUGGAUAUUGAUUCAGGUUCAGGCAAAAAGAAAAUCUAGGCUUGAAACCGAAGAGCUUUUGAAUCGAUGCUGGCAUGGUGAAUGUGUAAUUUGGCUUGGUUUCAUAUUUCAAUGUUUUUUUAUUUAUUUACUUAUAUAUGUCAUGCACUUGGCCAUAUACCCGGUGAAACGUGAAUAUGCCUUUAGUUGUAGAAGUCUGAAAGUCCUGGGAUUUACUUUGAUAUAUUUUUAGAUUCUAGAACGCUGAACAGCUCGGUUCGGAAUAGCACUUCUAUGGACCACCGGUUUGUUGGAAAUUUAUUUAUGCUUACAUUUUACUCUGUUUUCGGAUUGCAGUUUCUGUAGGAAAUGAUUUUGCGAUGUUUUCUA